AUGUCCAUUUUAAUGGGCUACGGUGGUAGUCUUCAGGAUGAAGGCAUAUUGCGUGCGAUUUCAGACGCCGGAAAUGAUGUUUUGAUUGGUGACUAUUGUGAAGCAGCCGCGGAGGAGACUCUCCGCUUGUUGCAGAAACAAGGAGCAUCCGCUUUUCGGGUCUUGGGAUACUGCCGUAACCGCGCCGUGCCGAAGUUACCGGGAGGACUAUAUGGCAGGCAUCGGAUGACACAAUUGACUACACAUCGACAUAUCGAUAUUGCUAAUGCAGUUGGAGUGGUGGCGGUGUCUCUAGCAACGCGGCUACAGCUAACCAAGGCAGAAUAUAUGAAGUUUUCCUAUGGAACUACGUUGAUCAAUGAUCUGGCCGAUUCUUCGAAGUGA